AUGGCUAGAAUGACUGACCCAGGGCCUACAGCCGGCUAUCCGUCGCCUCCGAGGCAUUACUCUCCAUCCGACCAUAAACCUUCCUUGGGUUCGCUAUACGAACACGUAUCGAUGUCGUCUUCCUCGUCGCCCCAGAACUCCAACAGCGGCGCCCAUCCCGACAAGGGAGGACCGCUCUCGUCGCUCAACCUCAACUUUCUCAAAUCGCUUAACGACAAAAAGACGACCCGCGAUGGGAACCCGCCCAAGCGACGAGGUCCGAAGCCCGACAGCAAACCAGCACUGACACGACGCCAAGAAUUGAACCGCCAAGCGCAAAGGACGCACCGAGAACGCAAGGAAUUGUAUAUAAAGGCGCUCGAGGACGAGGUGCUGCGGUUGAAGGAAAUAUAUAGCAACGUCUCACAAGACAAGGAUAAGCUUGCCGAGGAGAACAGGCAGCUCAAGACGCUCCUGCGACAGAACGGCAUCUCGCUCGGGUCGGGAGCCGGCAUAGACGACGUCGCCAGCGGCCUGAGCCCUGGGUACACGUCUAGCGGGAGCAUAUCGGGCAGCUACGCACCCGGAAGUUCCAACACUGCGUACACGCCGCCCCUGACGUCGACAAUGUCAAGUCCCCCUUCCAUGUCCGUGUCGUCCCAAGGCCAGCAGCGGCAACAACAGCAGCAGCAGCAACCCGGUCAGAAUCGCGUGGAUUACGAACAAGCUGGAAUAGAUUUCGUCUUAACGUACGAGAACCCCGAUGACCCCUCGAAGGCGUACAUAUCACCUCCCCCGCAGCUCGAGAGACCGUGCAUGGACCACAUGCCGUGGCUGAUCGAGCGGGCGCAGGACACGAGCGGCGACGCCUGCGGCCACGCGCUGAUGGCCUCGUGCCCGCCGGAACCCUUUCCCGAGCUGAGCGAGGAGAUCCCGUUCGGGUACGCGCACACGCACGCCAACCGCGGGGACCCGCACCUCAACCAGUCGAGCCAGCAGACGUGGGAGCUGUCCAAGGGCGACCUGACCACGCUGCUCGACCUCAGCAAGAAGCUCGACCUCGACGGCGAGAUCACCCCCGUCAUGGCCUGGGGCAUGGUCCUCGCCCACCCGAGACUGGCGGACCUGAAGAGGGAGGACUUUGAGAGAUUGAUCGACGAUCUCAAGGGGAAAGUCCGUUGCUACGGGUUCGGAGCUGUGAUGGAGGAGUUCGAGGUCCGAGACGCUCUCAACGCCGUCUUCUCCGCGAAGCCAGAGAUGAAAACAGAGAUGCAAAUGGGUAUAGCUUUUUAG